ACCAGAACCAGUCAAGUCAGUUCAAAAGGAAAUUGAGCCGUCCAAGGUGAGACGCAGUGCGCUAUGAAAAAACAGUGUUUAUUCUAACGAAAAAAACGAUAAAAAGUGUCGGAUUUGUCGCGAAAGAACAUUACAAACAUGCUUGUGAUAAGUGUAAUUAGUGUAAUUCUAUUUGGAACGACUUUGGCGAGCCUAGAGGAGUACGCAGUUUCAGUUCCAAAGCUCGAUAUAGAUAAUCUUGACAACGGUUACCACGGUCUUGUCAGGGAGAAUGAGACCCUUGUCGAGGUGACCCCCGCCAUAAGGGCUGUCGGUUCGCCGGUGUGCAGUUUUCGUAUAGUGAACAAGCACCAUGGAGAGGCUCCCUUCGAGAUCAUCUCCAAAGAUGACGGUUAUGCUGAAUUGAAGGCCAGACGCUCUCUGAAUUGCGAAAAGAGGAAGAACUACAAGUUCGACAUCGCCGCGGUUGGAUGUAACGGAAGGCAGAGCAUAAGUGCUACAGUCCACAUCACCGUAAGCGACGUGAACGAGUAUGCCCCCACAUUCUCCGAGCCCAGCUAUGUCAGGCAAGUGGACGAGGGUAGGAUAUACGGAGAGAUAGUGAGGGUGGAAGCCACUGACAGGGACUGCACCCCCAAAUUCGGAGACGUAUGCAGAUAUGAGAUCUUGACCCCCGAUCAGCCCUUUGACAUCGACAUAGAUGGCGUUAUCAGGAACACCGAGGCUCUGGAUUAUGAGAGAAGCCACAAUCACAUCUUGAGCGUUGUGGCGUACGAUUGCGGUAUGAGACAAAGUUUGCCAGUUAUGGUAACUAUCAAAGUAAACAAGGUGUGCAGACUUGGAUGGAGAGGACUACCAGAGAGAGUUGAUUAUGCUCCAACAACUGGAAAACAAGAACUGUUCCCAUCUGCUUCUUUGGAACUCUGUGAUGUUCCAUGCAACAUCAGAAAGUUGAGAACCAGAGUGGAUUUGGCCACCAGACAUAUCGGAAAAGGUUGCGACCGCGACACCUACAGCGUGCAAUCACAACGCAAACUCUGUGGGGCUUCACCAUCUGCCAUUGACCUUCUCCCAAGUCCAGGAGUAGGAGCUGAAUGGACCAAACCUCUAAUUUCGGAUGAGGGCCAUGAAUCAGAUCAGAUGUUCGAAUUCGACGGCAGUUCAACUGCAGUUUCCAUUCCUAACCAUGUGCUAGAUCAUAACUUACCACCUACAUUCACCUUCGCCACUUGGAUGCGUCAUGCCCAGCAUCCUAACCAAGACAAACAUAUCAAGGAGCAUAUCCUUUGCUCUGCUGAUGACCACAAAAUGAACAGACACCAUUAUGCUCUUUUUGUAAGAAACUGCCGAUUGAUUCUCCUGCUGAGGAGAGACUUCUCUGAAGGAGACUUGAACAUUUUCAGACCAGCUGAAUGGAGGUGGAAGAUACCACAAAUUUGUGACGACCAAUGGCAUCACUACGCUAUAAACGUCCGUUUCCCAGACGUAGAACUCUACAUCGAUGGUCAAUUGUUCCACACAGAAAAGAAAAACCCAGAAGUCAUUGAUGACUGGCCGUUACAUCCAACCAAAGGGAUCAACACUACUCUGACUGUCGGUGCUUGCUGGCAAGGCUCAGACAAUAAGAUGAAACAUCACUUGAAGGGAUACCUAGCUGGAUUGAGUGUCUUGGUUGGAGAAACUGAGAAACCAGAAGUACUGAACUGCUUACAUCAGUGCAAAGAAAGCUUACAGGUUCCUGCAAUGGAGCUUCUUCAACCUGGAAUGGAGUUAUUGACAAAUUCAGAUCUAACAGAAGUAACAGUCGAAGGAGACAAUAGAACCAAUUUAGAAACAUUAGUACGAAAGGUUGGCUAUGUGAAUACCAGAGAGUUUCCAACUGCAGGACGCAGAAAUAUUAGGCUGACGACAACUGUAACUUGUGAUAACGAAAAAACUGUGAGGGUGCCUGAUGCUCAGACGUACGUGAUGGUUCUAAAACCUCAAACGCCCAGUAUCCAUCUCAACGGUACCGGAAACAUGGCAAGGAAAUACGAAGAUUUCAGAAUGGGAGUGAAGGUAUUGGCCGAUAUCCAUAUCACCGGUGAAUUGAAACUCGACAAAUGCUCUCUAUCUAUCUACCCCAACCUGAACCCCGAUCAUGAGAACCUAGGUGUUCCAGAAGAGAUGUUGAAGAGAUUGGGCAUGGCAGCCCGUAUCUCGAAAGACGGCGUUGUAAUAACUGGCUCGGAUAUGGUGUUCAACUACGAACAAGUGCUUAGGCUCAUCGUGUACACCAACAAGAAGCCAGCCUACUAUCUGAACAGGGUAUUCAAACUAUCUUGCUCUGAGCUGAAUGGUCGCUUCACAUCUAAUGAAUAUGUUCAAACCCUCACCGUUAUUCAUCCACAACCUAAGGAUCCCUUACCAGCCCACGCAACCAUCAACCAACACUCUGUUCUGAUGAGACCAGCCGCUGUGGUAUCCAGGGAAUACAUUCCAUCCGAGCAUAUGGCCAUGGUAGCUACCGGGGGAUCACAUGCGGUUACCAUCAUCGUCGUUGUAUGUAUCGGUUUCUUGCUCUUCAUGAUCAUUUUGGGAGUGGUGAGAAUAAGAGCUGCCCAUCACAGAACUUCGGCCGAAGAACAGGAAUCCGAGAUGACAUGGGACGAUUCUGCCUUGACCAUCACUGUGAAUCCAAUGGAGAACGCCGAAAGGAAACUCGAAGGCAACAAUGCAGAAUUCACCGACUCUGACCAGUCUGACUCAGAGUCAUCGUCUGAUGAUGACAACAUGGAAGGAUCCUGUCGAAUUCCCGAUUCUUCGGAAGAUGAGGAUGAACCCCCAGUACGCAGCCGCAAGCAUGACUAUCAGAACGUAAGCCAGCUGGAAUGGGAUCACACCACAAUGUAAGGUCAUGAGGAUUCGGUCGAACAGUCGGUCAGUUGAAAUUUAGGAAUAUCUAAGGUGUUUAAGUUACUUUAGCAUAGAAUGACACUGUGGUGAAACUUAUCUGGUAAGUCAGUAAAACACUGGUCGAACUAGAAAAGUUUCCACUAACAUUUCACACCUGAAAUGGCUUAGCAAUUCCAACACUACAGGUCAAAAAAAAAAUGAUUUUCUCUCAAAGGUAACAAUCACCUUACACUGAAAUGACUACGGCCGACAAAAAAGGUUAUUUUUCAAAAAGACAUUUUUCACUUUUUAGAGUCCUUUGGGUUACCCCAAAUGUUCAUCAAAAUAUGAAAAAAAAUAAAUUGUGCCAUCCCCUCUAAAUGUUCAUUUUCUCGAUUCCAUUAUUAUAUUUCAUACCUAAUUUCCUACGUCAGAAAUUAUUUUCGGUUUAAAAUUUUCGUCGGUGUAAUCAAUAGUUGCUAUAUUCAACAUUAUCUAUUUUUUUUUUAUGAAUCAUGGGUACUAAAUAUGGUUACUGAAAUAUCAAACGAUCGUCCAUAUAUUGAAUUUUAGAAUUAUAUACACUUAGUGUAUCCUUUUCGACACUGUUAGAUAGGAUAUCUCAAAUUUCUUCAUCGAAAAAACCUAUUUUUCAAGAAUGUUGCAACUAAAUAAUUAGUUCCAAAAUUCUGUGAAAUAUUUGAUAAAAAACUUUGAGAACAGCUAUUUUCUUCACGCUUCUCGCUAUGUUUCUGUUGAUGCAAUGAUUCUGUUAAAUUUAAGAUUUCUAGAAAUAAGGAUGUUAUCAAUUCUCUAAAGAAGAAUCCCGUACGUUACAAACUAACAAUUUUAGCUUCGGAAAAAUCCUAAAGCUAAAUAGGUUUGGAUAUUAAAAGCACUAUGCACUAUGUUCCUAUAAAUAAUUUAUAGAGCUUAGCGAUCAAAAUUCUACUUUAUGUUCUCACAUGCGAAAAACAUCGUGUUUCUGUAGCUAUUUGCUUAGUAUGUAUGUAUGGGAUUAUUUUUUGAUCUGUAAAAACUUUGCAGCUAAUUUUUCAGCUAUUCAUAGUUUCAAUAUAUUUUUUGCUAACUUUUUUAUUUACUUAUCUUAUUUUUAUUUUGUUUGCUAACAUUAAUAUAAGUAUUUUUAAUUUUGUACUUAAUUUUUUCAUUUAAUAUUUCCUGAUUUUUCUAGGCAGUUUAUAAUAUUGAAUAUCUCGAUGAAUAUUUCAAAAUCAUAUCAAAUACUUGAAAAAUGCAAUCACUUUUGCGUACAUCUAUCAAUAGCUGUGCUGUAUUUCACUCAUAAAAGUAAUAAAAUGAAAACAAAUAUUCACUCGUCUAUUAGACAAUGUUCCUGUUUUAAAUUUUGCACAAACAUCUCUUGAGAAAAUAUAUCAUCAAUACUAACCAUUUUCCGAUAUUCAGACUUGUUUGUAUCCUCUCCGUCUUUCUCUCGCACAAUCUUUAUUUUGUUUAAGUGUAGUAGUUUAAAAAGUGUACAUAAAAUUUUGCAGCUAUUAUUUUUUGUAAAAGUAGGAAAAAGAAUGGGUACUUAAUAACGUUUAUAUGAAUAAAAUAUAUAUUAACAAGAAUUCUUUAAAUUUCUUUGAACGAAUACAUGCUUAUUUUAAGAGAAUGCAAUAGUAGACAUUAAAGAAAGAAAAAUUUAUAUCAUAUUAUGCAAUAUGAAUGUUGGAGAUUUCCAGUUUGUUAAGUUAUAUUUUUCAAUCUUCUCAGUUUUUAAAUGUUGACUUUAGAAUAGUUGCUGUGAUGUCAAAAUUGUUUAGUUUAGGAGAAAAAGAAAUGAGCACUAUUGAUUUUGUGGAUUUUCUUCAAGAUUGAAUAGACUAAGGAAUUUUAGAGACAGAUUAAAUGGCUAAAAUAUAUUUCAUUUCAACCAAAUGUUUAGCAGAAAUAUCUUUCUAUUUUCGACAUUGCACCUUCUAAAUCUUUUCUUUAUCAAUAGGAGAAUGUCUUCCGUAAUGAGUUGUAAAGAUAUCUAGGCUGGUUCGAUUAAAAAUUUGAUCUUGAAGAAUGAAGGGGAAAAGUAAAUCCAAUGAUAACACUAUUUUUGACAACAGUAACAUUGGUACAUUCCAAGCAAUUUGUAAUCUUUGUAUCUACCAGUUAAAACGCUUUGUUGUGUGUACAUCAUCAUGAAGAUGAAAUAUCCGAAUGUUUUUAGAUGUUAUACCACAAUAAUUAUGUAAUACAUGAAUGUAUAUUAAAUAAAUAUAUCAAAAAAUUUA